ACCUGGGGGAGGUUGGGGGAAUUGAAUGAAUAAAAAGGGGAAGGAAGGCGGACCCACGUGGUUUAAUCGGAGACAGACAGAGAUCCCAUUGUUCAAAAUCAAUUUAAAAAAAAAAAAAAGCAGACAGGGCGAAGGGGCAGGGACGCUGGGGGAAAGUAGCGGCGGAGCCGGGCACUUUGCAGCCGGGAUCGGAAGGAUCGGCUGAGCCGCACGCUCGGGGAGGGGCCGGGAAGAGUGUCGGGCACCAUUAAAGUUUUUAUUUUUCGUGUCUGUGCGAGCAGGUGUUUGGGGCCGGGGGCCGGCUCUAUUUGCGCCACCACCCUCCCACCCUUCUGUGGGGGGCAGCCAACCCUAAGGGAUUCGGCUAGACCCCGAGGUCGGAACCCCCAAGCUGGAGCGGAAUUGGGGACUCAGGCCGGGGGGUGGAGAGAACUGCAUUUGAGUGGGCUUGGGGACGGGGGUGCGGAGACAAAAGCAGCAGGUGGGGCCGCCGCGGAGGGGGUAGCUCCUUCACCAAGGUGCCAAAAGGGGGUCUUUGAAGUGUCCCAAAGCCUUCUCUAAUUAAAACCUCGGGGAUCAGAGACUUCCUUUUUCUUUCCCUUUACUUUUUGGGGACCUGGCUGCAAUUAUGAUGCGAUGUAGGCAAACCUAACUUGAGGAUGGGCCCGGGGGGGGGGGUCUCCAUUUUUUUCUUUCCCUGAGCGGAUUGCAGUCGGGGACCUGGGCUCCCGUGCGGGAUUCCCCGGAGGAGGCGCGCCGGGGCCCAGGAGAGGCGCGAUUUCCUCCCGGCUCGCCCCCUCUCCGCCCACCCCGCGGCCGCCACUUUGGGGAGGGCAGGGGAGGAAGUGGAGGCCGGUGGCUCGGCUGGCUCCCCUCCCCCCGCGCAGUUUAUAACCCGUCCAUUGUGCGCCGCUGCCCCGUGUCUCCUCCAGCGCGACCAUGCCCAGGAAGAAGGCGGCGGCGGCCUGGGAGGAGCCGAGCUCGGGCAACGGCACGGCCCGUGCCGGGCCCAGGAAGCGCGGUGGCCCGGCCGGCAGGAAGCGCGAGCGGCCCGAGCGCUGCAGCAGCAGCAGCGGCGGCGGUAGCAGCGGCGACGAGGACGGCCUGGAGCUCGACGGGGCCCCCGGCGGGGGCAAGCGCGCGGCGCGGCCGGCGGCAGGCAAGGCGGGCGGCGCGGCCGUGGUCAUCACCGAGCCUGAGCACACCAAGGAGCGCGUCAAACUUGAAGGGUCUAAGUGCAAAGGGCAGCUUUUGAUUUUUGGGGCAACCAACUGGGACUUGAUUGGUCGAAAAGAAGUGCCUAAGCAACAAGCCGCCUACCGCAACCUCGGUCAGAACUUAUGGGGGCCCCACAGGUACGGGUGCCUUUCGGGGGUCCGGGUACGGACGGUGGUGUCGGGGUCAUGCGCCGCCCACAGCCUCCUCAUCACCACGGAAGGGAAGCUGUGGAGCUGGGGGCGAAAUGAGAAGGGCCAGCUGGGCCAUGGUGACACCAAGAGAGUUGAAGCCCCCAGACUCAUCGAGGGGCUCAGCCACGAGGUGAUCGUGUCCGCGGCGUGUGGGCGGAACCACACCUUGGCCUUGACGGAAACGGGCUCCGUGUUUGCGUUUGGGGAGAACAAGAUGGGGCAGCUGGGCCUCGGCAACCAGACGGACGCCGUGCCCAGCCCCGCACAGAUAAUGUACAACGGGCAGCCAAUUACCAAAAUGGCCUGUGGGGCUGAAUUCAGUAUGAUAAUGGACUGCAAAGGAAACCUCUAUUCCUUUGGGUGCCCUGAAUAUGGUCAGCUGGGACACAACUCGGAUGGCAAGUUCAUUGCCCGGGCGCAGCGGAUAGAGUACGACUGCGAGCUGGUGCCCCGGCGAGUGGCGAUCUUCAUCGAGAAGACGAAAGACGGCCAGAUCCUGCCGGUCCCAAACGUGGUGGUACGGGAUGUGGCCUGCGGCGCUAACCACACGCUGGUCCUGGACUCCCAGAAGCGCGUCUUCUCCUGGGGCUUCGGUGGCUACGGCCGGCUGGGCCACGCCGAGCAGAAGGACGAGAUGGUUCCCCGCCUGGUGAAGCUGUUCGACUUCCCUGGACGCGGGGCGUCCCAGAUCUACGCUGGCUACACCUGCUCCUUUGCCGUCAGCGAAGUGGGUGGUCUGUUUUUCUGGGGGGCCACAAACACGUCCCGGGAGUCCACCAUGUACCCGAAGGCCGUGCAGGACCUCUGCGGCUGGAGAAUCCGGAGCCUGGCUUGUGGGAAGAGCAGCAUCAUCGUGGCCGCGGACGAGAGCACGAUCAGCUGGGGCCCGUCGCCGACCUUUGGGGAGCUGGGCUAUGGGGAUCACAAGCCCAAGUCUUCCACUGCAGCUCAGGAGGUGAAGACGCUCGACGGCAUCUUCACGGAGCAGGUUGCCAUGGGUUACUCACACUCCUUGGUGAUAGCGAGAGACGAAAGUGAGACGGAGAAGGAGAAGAUCAAGAAACUACCAGAGUACAACCCCCGGACCCUCUGAUGCUCCCGGAGCCUCUCCAGCUCCACACCUCUCGCGGCAGCUGUCAUUUCCACGUGCACUGGGACGGGAAGUCACACGAGGAAUUUUCAAAAGCAAAAGUUGACCGAAGGUGCAUUUUUGUUAAGACUCCCUGAGGUUCCGUUUUUAUAAGUGAUUCAACGUCAACUACCUUUCCUGUAUGCUUUCCAAAGUGUUUUUUUUUUCCCCUCUUAAUGAUUAAUUAAAAUAUUUGCUCAUAGUUGACUUACCAUUCCUACAAAAGAGGCAGAAACUUUGAGCAAUCUAGGUUUGUUUUUUGUUUUUUUUUUUUAAGUUUUCCUUUUUUACCCCCCUCUCUUACAUACACUUGUCAAAAACACCCCUUCCCGGUUGUGAUUAGCAUGGUGAGCCCAGCGGGUGCUACCUGGGAGAGGAGUCGCCACACGCUCAGAAAACUGUCCCUUGCGGGAGCCGGCAACAUCUCGGCAAAGACCGUCCCUGGUGGUCAGUCUCCAUCCAAAAUGGCGCCCGUGUGUUCGGAAGCAUCUGGGUCGCUUCUCUCCUGCUUCUCCUUCUAGCCCGGCUCAGGCCGUGUGUGUUCUGCUUCUCCCCUUGGCUGCUUCUAAGCCCCCCGCCGCCUUUUGGCCGCGACAUUAUUAGAAUCUGCCGUUUUCCCCCCUGGUGGGGGAUCUGUGUGUAGCCAUUUAUAUCUGCUUUAGCUGUAAAAGAAGUCCAAAUGAAAAGCAGGUGAUGGUGGAACCAGUGGGGACUUGCGGGGGUGGGCAGGUGUGGGGACAGUGUAUGUGGUUCCAGGUCCGGCUUGAAGGCUCCUCUGAGCCGGGGCCGCCUCGCCGGCACUCGCUAUUAGAGAUUGACCAGCCAGCAGUAAAAAGUGCAUUCUGGAGUCCUUGCAAAGAAGGAUCAGCCCUUUGUGUACCAGCCUUUAUCGCCUUUGUGCUUCUGUCUUUAUUCCGAACCCCUUCCCCCCGCUGGAUCCUGCUGGAAGGGGCCCGGUCUGUUUCUGAGGCCCGGGUUCCUGUUCCGCUAACCCAGCCCUCUAGUCACGUUUGCUUGGCUGUGUAACCAAAUAGUUGGGAUCACGGAAGAAGUCCCCUUCCCUGCGUGUCAGCACAGAGGCUGUGACUGCCACCCCGGCUCCCCGCCAAGUGCCCUGUGCCCGAACCCGUCCCCGGCGUCGCGCUGCGUGAGUUAUGAGGUGCCUUUCCCGGAACCCUCCUCUCGCUUGGACCCAAGAGAGGCGACAGCUCUGGCUGGGGCUCUUGGUUUCGAGAGGGUCUGGACUGGUUUGGGUGCUUUAAAAUAGAUUUUUUAGUUCAGUGGUGCUUAUGGGGGAAACGGGGAUAGAACUUCAGUGUGAGACUUGGGUGAUGGGAAAGUUAAAUAUUGGUCUUUUUUAUUAUUAUUUUUUGCUUUGCUAUUGUUACCACUUCUGUCUCCAUGUUAAAAUGCCAAAAAUGAUCUAGUCGUUGUUGCUUCUUUCCCUACUCGUCCCCCCUGCCCUGUCGCUCGGGGCGGUGGCUUAUGCCUUCGCAGGGCGUGUAACGGUAUCUGUCCUGGCCAGUCCCAAGGCCUUGCGGGAGGAGGCCGGCCUGCCUCUUUCUAAGAUUUAGUCUGACUUUGUGCUCGUCUCAACUGUCCUGUGUUUAUAGUCCAGGGGAGAAGCUUCUGCAACUUCAGAGCUUCUGCUAAACUAACCUGAUUUGUCCAAAUCACCCCCCAACUACCACUGCUGACUCAAGCUUCCCUGCAUAGAACCCCUCAGUUUCCUGACAGACCUCUUUCCUGGAAUGGGCUUCGGCGCACGUGCUCCUUGUACCCGUGCAGCCUCCCUUGGGUUGUGCAGUCAACUAGAGGGCCAAGGGAGCAGCAGCCUGGGUCCUGGCCUUUGCAGGAGCUGCCCUUGGCCAAGUGGGGCUUCAAUCUUCAAGUGGACUCAUCCGAAACCCACCGCCAGCCCGCUCUCGGGCCCCCUGCCAGGAACUGGAGCAGGAAAGGGAUGUCCCUUCCACGUGGAGACUGCCCUGUUCUCCCACGAUCACUCCUUUGGGCUUAGAAUUUUAAAAUGAACUUCCUAAGGGGGAAAAUCCUUUAGAACAAUGAGUGGGGGGAGACGGUCCUGCGCUCCUAGAGGAAGGGACACAGCAGCGGGGCUGGGGUGCGCUGAUCCUUCGGGCUCCAGACGUGUCUUCCAGCUCAGGAAGGUAGACUGGACGGCUUAGCGCGAAGGGGAGAGUCCAAGGAGAGGUUGUGAUUUGGUCGAAGGUGCCUGGUUUAGUGCUGUAAUUGUCUUUUUUUAUAUAUAUAUUUCUUGGAGUAAACAUUUUAAAUAAACGACAUCAUUGUUUACUCUG